GUAGUUAAACUUUCUCCAGUUGUGUACAGAUACUUCAUCGACGUAGAACAUAACGCAUCUUUUCGUAGAACGGAAACAGCACGCGUAAAAACAUUGUUAUUCCUGAUUCAUGUGACGAUUUCGUUUUUCCACACCGAGUUGCUGAAAAUAUGAUUUAUUGUACAUGGUGUGUAUGUACUUUGAAUAUUUUUCGACAUAAUAAAUGACCGGUCAUUGUGAAUGUUAAAGAGUAUAAAAGAAUAGAAGAAAGUAGUCAACGAAAGAAAGAAAAAAAUAACGAAGCACAUAGCUAAGAAAAUCCUUUUGUUGAAAAGGAAAUUUUCUUAUUUUUUGAUUAUAAAUUGUGGCGAUAAAAAAUUGGUUAAGUAAAAAUAUAUCUUUCCUUUCUCCGAAUGAAGUGUGCAAACUUUUCCCGUUGUUAAUCUGGCGAUGUAAUAAUUUUUGGUGUUUUUUUUUCGGUGGAUUGUUAAAAUCCCGUCCGCAAGAUAAUAUAGAAAGCGUAACUUAAUGUUCAUUGAUGCAGAACUGAACACAAACACUAUGUAACGUAAUAUAAUAUAACAACGUGUAAUAAAUGAACAUUAAAAGCGUGUUUAAUGUAGUGUGCUAAGUUAUAGUUUUUGAUUAAUUGCUGAAGUUUCGACUUAGGAAUUUAUUGGAACCUCUGAAAAAUCAAUGACAAAAAUGACAAGCGUGCGCAUCUUCAAAAAAUUUUUCCUCAAGAUUUUAUUCAGUUGUUUGAUGGCUGCAAUCUUCGUGAACGGGCACAAUCAAUCCGUAGACAUUAUGCCCGAAUUCUUAGCACCAUUGGAAAAUCUGACAGCCACUCAAGGUCGAGAUGUGCAGUUCACUUGUAUUGUGAAUGAUUUAGGCUCUUUUCGGGUUGCCUGGAUUAAAUCCGAUUCCAAAGCUAUUCUCGCCAUUCAUACCCACAUGGUAGCGCUGAACCAACGUUUAUCAGUCACCCACAAUGGACAUAAUACAUGGAAAUUGCAUAUAGCUCAUGUACAACUGAAUGAUAGUGGCAGCUAUAUGUGCCAGGUCAACACAGACCCAAUGCGAAGUCAAUCCGGUCACUUGAAUGUGGUCGUUCCUCCAGAUAUAUUAAAUGAGCCUGAAUUGAACACCGGUUCACUGGAUGAAGGUAUCACAAAUGAAGGCGGCCAAAUACAGUUGGUGUGCAUUGCUACAGGAGUACCAGAACCCAGUGUACAAUGGCGACGAGAAGGAGGCAAGGACAUUGUUCUUCGGUCUGAAGGACGUGAUAAACAAUUUGUUAAGCACGUUGAAGGGGAAAGAUUAACUCUGCAGCAAGUACACCGAACUGAUAUGGGAGGAUAUUUAUGUAUAGCCUCUAAUGGUAUACCGCCCUCCGUCUCGAAACGUUUUGAUGUCCAAGUUAAUUUUGCUCCAAUGGUGAAGGCCGUAAAUCAAUUAGUUGGCGCUCCGGUAGAAAGUCAUGUUCUUUUGGAGUGCCUUGUUGAAGUUUUCCCGAAACCAUUAAACGGCUGGUACCGCAAUGAAGGCAGCAUUAAAUUACACGACGGACCAAAGUAUUUGAUCACAGAGGGACUGAUUAACGCGUAUACAUGGCAAAUGAAUUUAACCAUAAGAAAAUUAGAAAAAAAUGAUUUUGGUGCCUACACUUGCACCUCGAUAAACGCGUUGGGUAAACACGAAGCUCGCAUACGACUACAAGAGCUGAGACUACCGCCCAAGCCAGCAACAACGACACUCAUACCAUACGUUUACACAACAGUGAAGCCACGACGAAAGCAACACCAAAGCCAUAACAAUAAAGCAGGUCACGAUACGUACCGCGGUAAGGAAACAUUAAUUCCAAGUAUCAUUCUCGAGCAGAAUGAAAUUGUUGGCUCCGUUGAAGUUCACACUCAAGUUCCGGUACGGCCGUCUAGUGGCAUUGAAAAAACACGGAACACUCAAAUGCCGGCGGCUUCUGUACCCUCGCAAAUAACACCAUUCUACAACAGUAAUGUGAAAAAAUUGGUGGAAGCAAAUUUGAAAAUUUUAACUUUGUGUUUGGUGCUACUGUUAUAAUCGUUACUUUUAAUUUCUGUGUAGAAAGAGAGUGAAAAAAUAAGCAAACAUUUUGUAGCUGAGUAAAUAAUCUAGCGAAAUCCGACAUCAUUCCGAAAAUCCGUUGUAAAAUGUUGGGAGGGCAUUUUUAUUUUUAAUGCGGAUUCGUUAAUUUUAUUAAUGUAAAGUGCGCGAUAUGAAUUUACUAGGUUGUAAGAUUUGAUUUUUUUUUUGUUAAAUAUAAUUUAUGCUCGAGAAGACAUUUAAAACAAAACCAAAAAAAAAGAAUUUUUUAAAAUAAGUGCACUUUAUGAUACGAAAAAGAGAGAAGAAAAAAUUAAUUUAAAUUUUGUUAGAUAAAUUAUAAGAAAUAAAAUACAAACUGGUUCUUAAUCUAAUAAUUAAUCGUAACGCUUAUCUUGUUGUGCAUGCAAACGAACAAAAUCUGUUGGAUAAAUUCACCAAAUUAAUUAGGGGAAUAUCUUUUUUACUUGCUUUAAGGCAGUCCAGCAUUAUAUACACUUUUACUCACUUCAUUUUAAUGUUCCGUAAACAGAAUCCCACACUGCCGUAAGACUUUCGGUUGAAUUUUAAUUAUUCAUUUUUGUGUGGAAAAUAAUUUCCGUUAGGUUACCGGGAUCUGCAUAGGAUAUGGAGUUAGAGACGUCAUAUUUUACAUAUUUUACAAUAAUGUUGAUGAAAAAGCUUUAAUUCCGUAGUGAGUUGUUCCCACAUCUACUUUUUCCAUUCAACUGAUGUGACUAUAUGCUUUACUUGAGAGGUGGUAUCACAUCAAUAGAUAAAUAGUCUAUAAAUAAGAGCGAUUAACCACAAUAAAGAUGCAAGUGCGAAUCUCAUAAAUAUGUGUUUGAGCAUGUGUAUGUUUCAUAUUACUCUCCAUUUCUAUCUGUAACGCAUCGCUUUAAUGUAUUCACUUGGAAAACUAAAAUUUUCCAAAUAAAUUGUUCCGAUUAUUUACAAAAUACCAUCCAUGGUUUGACCUGCAGUUAACCAGACACCAUAUAAUUAGUCGAGUUUUUUUUGUAUAAUUUUGGCAUGCAUUGCAAACAUGCUAUGUUUGCCAAUUGGAAUAAUUUAUAAUUUACCUCGGUAAUUUAGAUAUAUUUACUGCACUCGUUAUACGGGGUACAAUGUUUCAAAUACAUAUUCGUUUGUUGUUUGUUGUAAUAAUUCAGAAUCGACCUACUAUUUGCGAGUUUCCUUGCGCUCCUUCCCCUUCUUCACAGAAAAAAUAUACAAUUUUGUAUGGAGCGGAAGGAAAGGCAGGCGAGAGGGGUAAACAGUUAAUUGAAAUAAAAAAUUAUUAUCUUUGAGGGGGAUAGGAUUUAGGGAUGAAACCUGAGUCUUUUCAAAUAUUUUCUCAUGGAUUUACACCUACAAAACUGCAGUCAUUCUAUCGACAAGGAUCAUAAAGAACGCAACCCUUAUUGAAUGUCAGAUGAAGCACACGAAUGUUGUAUAGGCAAUGAACAUAUUUACAUUUAUAAUUUGUUGAUAUAGAUGCAAUGCUGGACUAGAAUGAUUUUCUUGUUAUGAACCAUUACUAUCGAUUAUGGCAGUUAGGAAAAUUGCAUAGAAAUGCGUAAAUAUUUUCAUCUGUAAUCCGGUUACAAUUCAUCUCAAUUCAUUCCAUUUCAGCUGUAACCAAUUCAUUCUCUUUUUUUCAAGUAGUACUUAACAUUGUUUGUAAUCAGCUUUCGGAGUCAAAUUACUUUAGUUCAACAAUGCGAAUACCAACAAUGCUCGGUCAGUUUUAUAAAAUAUUUUACGAUUUAUUCUCCUGUUUCAUAAGUCGAACUUGAGAAGCUUUCGUACAACAAACAAGUUUUUCAGUGAAUUUUAUUUUUCAACUAUAACUGCCAUAACAAAGACGAUUUUUUUUGUAAGAAAACAAAAAAUCAAAAUCCUGUAGAACAGAAAAAUAAUUUUUCUAAA